AUGAGCAACAUAACCUUUUCAUGCUUCACAUGCCAUCGACCCUUCGGCUCACCGGAGGCAGUACUGCAGCACAUGGAUGCCCUAAACCACUGGCAUUUGCAAACGAAGUGCGAGAGAUGCGAUACACGGUUCGCAUCUCAGGAAGCCGCCAGCCACCAUAUGGAUACACUCGGGCACUGGGCUCCUAAAUUCAAAUGUCAGAUGUGUUCCCGGUCUUUCUUCUCUCAGGUCUCAGUGGAAAAUCACAUGGACGCCAAGGACCAUUGGACUCUGAAAUACGGAUGCGAGACGUGCAAUAAGAAGUUCGGAUCUGAGCGACUUGCCAACGAGCACAUGCACGCACUUGAACACUGGCAUUGUCCUGAAUUCAAAUGUGAGAUGUGUGGCGAAUAUUCUGGAUCCCAAGAGGCAAAAGUUCAACACAUGACUGUCGCGGACCACUGGGCCCCAAGAUUCCAGUGCGAGACGUGCGACCGUGCCUUCUACUCUGAAGAUUCUGCGACAAUCCACAUGAAGACUUCUGGCCACUGGGCGCAGAAGGACCAGACGGUUGGUUUCCCAUUGUUUCUGCUAAUUCUAUGA